AUGGCAGACAUCCAAGCCAAGCUUGAGGUGAGAUCUGAGGGUCUCGAAGCGAGCUCGCAGUGCAUGCAUUCUAGCUCGAGCUGCUUUGCUGAUAUCCAUACGCCUUUUCACUCGCACUCGCAGCCUAUCUACGUGCCUGCAGGGCUGGACUCCUCGCUAGUAGCUGCCAUCUGCCACGAGCCGGAGCAGACAGAGCAAACAGCCCGCGAAGUUCUGUCCGCUCUGUUGGACGCUGCUUUGUGCACACCGGUCGCUGAUCUGGAGCUAGCAGCAGAUGACAAAGAUCAAAGCAAUAGUACCAGCUCAAUAUUUGCGCUCGAAGAAUCCCAGUCUUCCGCUUCUAGCUCAAAAACGCCCUUUGGACGCUCAGGAGGCGAGGCAAGAUCAGACGACGGCUCCGUCGCUUCAUUCUCCACAAGCAGCACUGUAGCCGUGGAUGCGAGAGACUUUCUGCGGCACGCUUUGCCAGAACACUCGGAGGAGGCUCUCAAGGAAGCGCUCAGACGGACUCGUGGCGAUGUCGAGGCUGCGGUCGAGGCUUUGUUGACAGAGCCUAUCGACGAGACGAGACUUGAACAACAAGCCGAGAGUGUGCAACGGAAAGAUUGGAAUGAAUUUGGUGGACAAUCGAAGCAGAAGAAGUCUACUAAGAAAAGACAGGCAAACGGCUCAGGACUUGCAAGUAUGGAAGGACCCGUUGCCGUCUCUGGCUCGUCCCUUGUCGACAAUACUUGGGUGCUCACAUCAUCGGUUCAAGCACAGCUAUCGUUGCUGUUGGACCUACCAGACGAAUCGGUCCAGAAAGCCUUGCGACAUCGAUCCAGAUAUCUCUCAUCCGCAGCCACCGAGGUGGUGGAGUCAGAGGCAGGCAAGACCACGCUAUCGAGGCUGGACGAAUCGGGCGGUGCACCAGCCGGGACGGCCCAACAUAUGGUGGAGAGUAUUGCAGUGAUCCGCGCAUGCACCUUGCCGGAAGCGGAGCUGGCCUUCAGAGCGACGAAAGGUCGGCAAGAUUCAGCGAUCGACCUCCUAGAGCUCAUGAGCGGGCUAGCAGCGCACGAGGCCACCUCAAGCUCUCACAAGCUCGUGCCUCCUAUUUUCAAGCCUGCGCAGAGUGGCGCCCCCCGCGUCAAAACCAAAUUAGGAACCUUGCGUGGUUCGACGGCUUUCCUUCCCGCGAGCAACACGCCAGCCUCCACCACAUCUGUUGGCGGCACGUCUAACGAGCCAGCCAACAAGGGCGCUUAUUCAUCCACGGAGUGCAGAGACAUUGCAGCCAACUAUCGACUGCAGCGAGAGGAAGCCUUGAGAAAGGCGAGCUCAACGUACAGACGAGUUGGGCCUGCUGCUGCAUGGUACUACGCCGACACGGCAAGGGAGCUGGAAGCGAAAGCCAGAAUAUGGAACAUGCGAGCAGCGCACGAGCUCAUUUCCGAACGCAAGACCAAGAGAGCUCAAGACGUAUCAGGGUAUGGUGCCUUGUCUACGGGAAUUGGGAUCGAGGAUGAAAUAGAUCUCCACAUGCUAUCGCUUCACGAAGCGCUGGACGUCACCCGCAAGGCCCUGCAAGAAUGGAACGCCUCCAACGAUUUCGUACAGAGGAGGGCCGAUGGCACCACUCAGAAGAGAGGCUUGAAGAUCAUCACUGGAGUCGGCAACCACAGUGUAAAUCGAACGCCAAUACUUAGGCCGGGAAUCAAGAGGAUGCUGGAGAGAGAAGGCUGGGAUGCUCAGGAGCAGCACGGAGCAGGAAGUGGUACCUUCAUAGUCCGAGGUCGUGCAAAGAUCUGA